CUUUAGCAGAUCGAAUUUCUCUACGAUAUACCAUGCCUUGGCAAGCCAUGAUCAUUAGUUGUGGCAGUCAGAUUUGCAGCGGUUCCAUUGUUAGCAGCUCUUGGGUUCUCACUGCUGCCCAUUGUGUCAGGAACAUGAAUCCUGAAGAUACUUCUGUAAUAUUGGGCCUGAAGCACCCUGGAACAUCUCUGAGAGUUGUUAAGGUGUCUAGCAUUCUACUGCAUGAGAGAUUUCGGUUGGUGAGUGGGGCAGCAAGAAAUGAUCUAGCACUGCUGCUCCUUCAAGAGGUCCACACUCCCAUUCAGCUCUUAGCACCACUGGGACAUCUAAAGAACUUCAAUAGCUCAGAAUGCUGGCUUUCUGGGCCAAGAGUUCUCAAACCAGGAGAGACUGAUGAGGAUCCGGAAGUGUUACAGAUGCAGGUGAUGGGAGCUUCAAGUUGUGCCCACCUCUACCCUGACAUUGGCAGUUCUAUUAUCUGCUUCAUUACUCAGGCGAAAGGCUUAGAUACAAAUGUGGAACCUGUGACUCCUGGAAGUGCUGUUAUGUGCAGACCAGUGUCUGGAAAUGGCAGCUGGAGACAGAUAGGCCUUACCAGUCUAAAGGCACUUGCUACCAUUGUCAGCCCACACUUCUCCUGGAUAUUAUCCACAUCAGCAAAAGCAGGUCAUCCCCUAAACCAGGCAGUCAUGCCUUGGGUGGAAAAGCUAAAGUCAUCCAGUCUUCAUAAACAGGCAACAACACUACCACUUUCAUCAUUAAUGAUUCUCGCAAUGCAGAAUCUGUUGUAA